GCGUGGCAUGCACUCCCACGCACAGACGAGCGGUAUGUGGACCGUCGACAGUUGAAGGUGGCCACAGCUGGGGGGAAGGUUUGGAACCUUGCUUGUGAUGGUGAUUCAGACAGUCACAGGCGGGUUCGAGAGUUGAUUGAGCAGACGGGUCUUCAUCAGCUACCCUAUUGCAGCUACCCGGUGACAGAUGCAGGCCUUAUUUUGGCCCUUGUGGAGCGAUGGCAUGAGGAGACUAGUAGCUUCCACAUGCCGUUCGGGGAGAUGACUAUCACCUUGGACGACGUGUCGGCUCUUCUCCAUCUCCCCAUGGGGUCGAGGUUCUAUACGCCUGGGAGGGGGGAGAGGGACGAGUGUGCAGCGCUCUGUGCUCAGUUGAUGGGAGGAUCUGUUGGUAUUUAUGAGGCUGAGUUUGAUACGAAUAGGUCCCAGACUAUUGCUUUGGGGUCUUGCAGACCCGGUAUGAGGCUGCGUUGGCGGAGCACCGAUAUGAGGACGCUGCACGGAUUUGGCUGGUGAACCAGCUAGGCGCCACGCUCUUUGCUAGCAAGAGCGGAGGCUACCAUACGACCGUCUACUGGAUAGGGAUGUUGGAGGAUCUUGGUCGAGUGUGCGAGUACGCGUGGGGCGCGAUUGCGCUCGCUACGCUAUACGACCAGCUUAGUCGAGCGUCCAGGAGGGGGACGGCCCAGAUGGGAGGUUUUAGCUCGCUCCUGCUAGGAUGGGUCUACGAGUACCUUUCUGACCGCGUCAUUAUCCGUAGGGGGGAUCCGGAGUACUCGCAGGACCAGCCUAGGGCACGGCGGUGGGCUAUGUCCCGGGUCGGGCAUGCAGGCCUUGAUGAGAGGCGAGUCAUGCUCGAUGAGCUGACGGUGGAUGACAUUAUAUGGACCCCAUUUGAGGACCAUCGGGGUCAUCGACCACGGGAUCUGAGGGCCAUGUAUUCUGGCUACAUCCGGUCGCCAUUUGGCCGUGUUGUUCGACGGCAUCUACCAGAGAGGGUUCUGCGUCAGUUUGGCUUCAUACAGGAUGUCCCUCGACACCCCUCUGAGAUCCAGACGUCUGGGUCCCUUGCUGAGACCGCAGAUGCUGCCUUUGCUGAGUUUGCGCCGCACCUCCGCCCUCAGGGGAUCCCCGCUACAUAUCCGGGAGAGGCUGUGGAGGAUUACAUGAGGUGGUACAGCGCUGUGUCCCAUCGGUUCAUCAUUCCUGAUGAUAGGAGGGAGGAGUUCAGUGCGGUGACUGUUAUGCGUCGGGCCGUGGACUUGUUGGAGCAGUCACUUGAGGUGCCAGAUGCUCCUGCAGAGGGCACGCAUUCCCGAUCCCUCACUGAGAGGGCGCUGGAUCUUAUUAGAUCCAAUGCCUUCAUUGGUACCCAGGGGGUAGCCUUUGCUGCUGUCCGAGGAGCUAGAGCUGCAGGAGGCAGAGGUCGUGGAGACAGAGCGCGUGGAGGCAGAGGCCGUGGAGGCAGAGCCCGUGGAGAGGGUGCUCCUGCAGAGGGUGCGCGUGGAGGCAGAGGCCGUGGAGGCAGAGCCCGUGGACCUAGAGGUCGUAGAGGGGCCGGUAGGGGUCGGGGCGAGUGAUUGACUGUAUAUUUGUAUAUUUUUUUUGUAUUUUUAUAUUAUGACAUGUGACUCUUUGUAUUAGGACUCUCUUUAUAUUAAUCAUGCUUUCUAUUUUCACUCAUUA